UCCAAAGCCUCAGUGCCGCGUUUUGUACCUGGAUUUAGUCGUCCCCUUGGAAGUUCUGUUCUUUACAUAUAUAUUUUUUUUAAACAAAAAAUUCAUUUACACUUCAUCAACAUCAUUGGGUGGAUCGGUCUUUCCCGCUUCGUUCGCUUUCUUCACAUUAAACAUCAAUCAUCAUUAAUCAAUCAUCAUUAAUCAAUCAUCAUCAUCGUCGUCGGCUCCGUCUCCUGCACUGAGGGCCCAGCUAAGCCGCUGCCGGUGCUGAUGCAACGUUGCCGUAUUCGCCCGCACAUAAAGCCCGCAAGAAUAGCGUCUUGUUUUAAAACAAAUUUCAGAUAGCGCGCACUUCCAGCUGUAAUUCCACAAUGUUCACGCACGAAAAGUUAACGUUUGCAAUGCAUUCCACCGGCAAUUUGCUAACGUGAAAAAAAAUAAUCAUAACGCGGCACAAGGAAAGCGAGCUGACCUGGAACCGAGUGAACUUAAAACGGGAAUAAGUAACAACAGCGAAUAGCCAAUAAAUAAGUGACGCGUGACUCGGUGGGUAAAGUACGUAAGCGUACUGCUAAACUUGCCAGAAUUCGACCGCUGGUUUUACCCCUUACGCAGUUUUAGCGCUGGCAGAUUGCGCGCUGCGCACGCAAAAGCCAUUUGUAAGUUUGAAACAAUGCCCAUGGCCGCGACUGGCAAUAGUGCUCGGGCAAUAGCGGCGUCCUAAAGGGGCUCAGCAAUUGUGAUUUCCACGUCUGGUAGACGCUUCUUUAAGGCCCUUCCCGUUGUGCAAUAGCAUAGCCUCAGCUGAAACUUUUGAGCAAUUGAAAGUCGCCGUACCGCGGUUAAUUUCGAUCGCUUAAACGUUUACGGCAAUGCCGCCGAAACGUAAGUCGUACACCGCCGCCUUCAAGCUUCAAGUUUGUAAAUUUGCGGAAGAUCGAGGCAACAGAGCUGCGGGAAAAGCGUUUUCGGUCGACGAAAAGUCUGUUCGUGAAUGGCGGAAAAAUAUUGCCGAACUGAAAGCGAUGAAUCCACGAAAACGCGCGAGAAGAGGACCGAAGGCCAAGUGGCCAAAGUUGGAAGACAGCUUGGCCAAGCGAGGAGUGAGGAAGUCUGGACGGUUGGUGAGCAAACAGGAAGCCGAAGAACACCCAGGAUGGGAGACAGCACUUGGAGGGGGUCAGAGAGCCAAGAUUGAUAUGAAGGAAGAGGAUGAUGAGACUACUGAAAAAAUUAUAAAAAUUAUAAUAGAGGACUUACAGGCUGGCAGAGAAGAUCCGAUCGUUAAAGAGGAAGAUCUUAAUAUCGAUUGCAAAAGAUGUCAGAUUAAAACGGAGGUCCUACUGCCUUGCAGAGAAGAUCAGAUCAUUAAAGAGGAGGAAUAUCUUAAUAUUCAUUGCAAAAUACAUCGGAUUAAAACGGAGGAUGUGCAGGCUUGCAGAGAAGAUCCCAUCAUUAAAGAGGAAGAUGUCACUAUUGACUGCAAACAACAGCAGAUUAAAAUGGAGGACCUGCAGGCUUGUAGAGAGGACACGAUCACAAUACACAAAGACUUUAAUAUCAAUUGCAAACAACCACAGAUUAAAACGGCGAAAAUGCAGCCCCAACUGAAUGACUUUGGCAUGCUGUCCGAGGUGGAUCUUUAUCCUGACGGAGUCCUCCGGAGCACCGCGGCCAACCGCAGUUCCACUGUGGUGGCAUCGUCGGGCUUGGCGGAGAUCGAAGUGGUCUUGGAAGAUGAUAACGGAGUAGCGCUGGACAACGACCCGGGAAGGCGACCGAUCGCAGAUAGCAGGAGCAGGAAGAAAAAGCGGCAACAGCAGAAGCUGCGGACUAAAACGUUUGCUUCCCAGAGCCAGAUACGCUGUCGGCCAAUCCAGCCCAGGACCCACUUCCGCGGAAUGGAAGAAGCGGGGGACAUGGGGGGUUGUGGGGGCGACAUGGAGCCAUGCCCGCGAGUGCUCGGCCACCUGGGGCCUGGCAAGGAGUUCGCGGCCGCCGCCGGCGGUGGCGGCGGCGCCGGCGCCGGCGGCAAAAAGUUUCGCAGGAGUAGACCGUACAAGUGCCUCUGGUGUCCAGAGGCAUUCACGCUGCGGUCGGCCCUCGUGACCCACGCGCGGUCGCACACGGGCGAGCGGCCGCACACGUGCGCCGUGUGCGGCAAGGGCUUCGAGAAGCCGUCGAAGCUGAGAAGCCACGCCCGCUCGCACACGGGCGAGCGGCCGCACACGUGCGCCGUGUGCGGCAAGCGGUUCGCGUGGCCGUCGGACGCGAGGCGCCACAACGCGCUGCACGCCGGCCGCAACUCGCUUUGCUGCUCCGUGUGCGGGAAGAGCUUCGUGCGCUCGUCGGAUCUCUACGUGCACGUGGCCGGCCACGUAGAGGAGCGGCUGGGUUGACCGAUACUCACUCAGCACUGCCACCCAUAGACUCAGCACUGCCACCCAUAGACUCAGCACUGCCACCCAUAGACUCAACACUGCACCAUAGACUCAACACUGUCACCCAUAGACUC